UUACAGGUUUUCCAGUUUUUUCGUUUUGUCAAUGUAUUUCGUACGAAUUUUGUAACGUCUAUGUUCUCUUACGUUGCGCAUUUGAUCAUUUCAAGUAUUCACGCAGCACCAAAUUGAUCUAAGGAACUUUUGAAAAAAAAAUUUGAUUUGUACACAUGAUAUUACAUGGAAUAUUCGACAUUUAAUACUCGCCAAAGGACACUGACUUCUUCUUUAUCAAGGUACUGACAUAUCACCCUCUACGUAUCGCGUCGUACGUGAGAUACAUCGGAGUCAAUAUAUUUUCUUUUCAUGGACAGUAUCUGACCUAAAUUUAAAUAUACGACAUUUACCUAAUUGCUUCGUGAAGCACAUUUGCCGGUAUAUAAAGACCGACACUGGACGAACCAUCGUUUCAAUUGGCAUUAAACUUUUGGACCUGAGACCAAGCAAGAACGAGAGGUUUUGUUUUUCAAUUAAUUUCGUUAUUUUGCUAAAAAAAAAAACAUGUUAUCAGUAGUCUAUAUCUUCGGCGUAAUUGCUAUACAUGGAUUAUCAGCCGAGACGCCCGAUCAAAACCCAAAAAUCGUAGGCGGUAGUGCGGCUAGUGAAGGACAAUUCCCUUAUCAAGCGUCCCUUCGUGUACGUAAUCGACAUUUUUGCGGCGGUUCCAUCAUAGGCGAUCAAUGGAUCCUUACAGCUUCCCAUUGUUUGGUCGGUUUAAACGACACGGCCAUCACCGUCGUGCUGGGCUCAACCACUUUGGACAAAGGUGGCGACGUGUACAAUUCAGUGAAGAGAAUAAUACAUCCUUUAUAUAGUUCCACCCUCAUUUGGAACGACAUCGGAUUAGUCCAACUUAACAAGAAUAUUGUCUUUGGAGAUAAUAUACAGAAAAUCGCUCUGCCCACCCAUAACUUCAACAAAUCGAAUUAUCCGGCGAUGCUGUCCGGAUGGGGCACGACUGAUUAUCCGGGCGAAACACCAAACGAACUGCAGCAUCUCGAGCUGACAGUGAUUGAUCAAAAGGAUUGUUUGAGCACCAGCUUUCGCGUCACCAACAAUAAUAUCUGCACACUCAACAAAAAGGGCGAGGGAGCGUGUCACGGUGACUCUGGUGGUCCUUUGGUGGCCGAUGGUGAGCAGAUCGGAGUAGUGUCUUGGGGAAUACCCUGCGCUAAAGGACAACCGGACGUAUUCACGCGAGUCUUCUCCUACAUAAAUUGGAUCAAUACGCAUGUCAAAUAAGCAAGCUAUUAACAAGAAAUCGCAGGAUCUUCGGACUGACAAUGAAUGUAUAUCAUGCCGAGGACUCAGUUUUUACCAACGUCCCGCACGGAUAAACCAAACCUUCAAUCGCGCUGCCAUAAAUUGUUUUAUGGCAGCGGAAACUGACAGUUUAAGAUCGGGAGAAUCGUUAUUCUUCGAAAAGCGCGCAUUGGUUGCCGAAUAACGAAGUUAACGAUUAUCUUAUUUCACUACGGAAAAGUAGCAAUAAAUAUUCACCGUUUUCA